AUGAAAAUACCCCAGCUGCCCAGGGCCUCCAUCACUUCCACCGCUCAAACCAAUGCCAGAGCCACUGCUUCCAAGUGCAAGGGUCACCUGUCCAAGCUGGCACAGCAUGUGGAGACAAUGGAUGCAGGUGCUCAUAAAGUGAUCAUGUAUGCAGUUCACAUACUGCCUGGUGGUCUACGCUCCUUUGCAACACCUGGGUUUGGCAAGAAGAAAUUCACACCGCUCCAAAUAAAAAUAGCUGCAAACAACAGCAUCCUCAUCAUUAACGUCUGUUCUGAUGAAUCCCUCUCUGCCAAGCCUCCGACCGCCCAUGCCCGAACAGUUAUCAUUUAA